UGUUAUCAUAGACUGCCAAAAUGGGUAUUGAAUACCGUGCGGAACUUGUCGGAAAGCGAUUUCUGUGUGUCAGUAGCUUGUCGAAGCUGAAACUCAACAAGAUCUGUGAGUGGGAUUGGCGAGCUGGAGUGAUUCGAGCAGUGGAUAACUGGACCAUUGGACAAGACAAUCAGGAUCUAGCGGUUUAUGUGGAGUUUGAUGGGCAGGACUGGGAAAGAAGAGAGUGGUUACGACCUCAUGAUAGUGCCUACCAAGUGUUUGUGGUAGAAAAAGCUCUAGUAUGGGGCCAAAGAUGUGAUCCAUUCAAUUCUAGACCUGGUAAUACAAUCCUGUGGCCAGCUUUGAGUUUUGAAGUCCUUGGAGACAAAGUUGCUAUUGGUGAUUCCAAGACUGUUCCUUUAGAGUUUUGUGUUGAUAAGCAGCUAAACUUUGUGAAAGAAGGAGAGAUACGACCAUAUGAGGAUGACGAUGAUGGUCUCCAGCAAGCUCUACGAUAUGAGGAAGUGAAGCAGGAGGUGAACAGUUGGUUGCACAGCCAGAAAGUUCAACAGAUUUUGAUGAAAGCACCUUAUUCCUUGACGGGAUAUCGUGUUAAAGUCUAUAGAUUAGAUUCCAAAACUCAGUGGUUUUCAGCCGUCAUUACAGGACAUGAUCUUUUAACAAGGGACCUUCAGGUUAUGGAUGACACAGUACUAGAAAGCCAUUCUGAAAAUCCAGCUCAUGUACAGAUGAUGUUCUUAGAUGACGUGGUUGGUGCCCUUUUAAAAGGCGAGAAUGUUGGUAUUACUUCCAGAAGAAGAGCAUGUGUAACAUCUACGUCCAGCUCUCAGCUGUCUUCUUCAGGAACUUACAGUCGAAAUUCCAGCCGUAUCCAAAACCAGUUGCAGAAUCAAAACCAGUCGCUAAGUCAUGCAACUCCUGUGACUAGUAGGAGCAAAAAGAAAAGUAGAGCAUCUGAAGCGAGAACGUCUCUGUACUCUGAAGUUGAAAGGGAAAAAACAGCAAAACCAGAAAAGGAAUAUUCUCAUUCACGGAGUCGAUCAAAGAAAGAAAGGAAGAGGAAAACCAGCAAUGAAAGUGUACAUGUGUCGGAAAAGAAUUCUUCGCCUGUGAAAAAACACAAAUAUGAUCAGGUGGAUAUGUCUUCAGAAAAAACAGAACAGUCGCAGCCGCCAGUUCCAGUACUGUCUGCAAAAUCAACAGACUUUGUUACUAAUCAGGAUAUGAAAACUGACAGUCUAGAAUCUGUGAGACAGAAAUCUCCCGAAAAGACGAUCAAACAUAAAAAGUUUCGAAAUAAGAAUCUUGAAACUAAAAUACAUCUUAAUGACUCUGUUGGUUCCACGAUAGCUGCUGUUGCCAUCGUGCCGCCUAUUGUAGAUGUGUCUAUGAAAACAAUGGACAAAGUUGGGGAUCAGGUACCUUUAGUUGAGAAAAAACGUAAACACAGGCACAAAACAAAGUUUAAACUCCUUGAGAGUACUGCCUGUGAGCAGGAACACAAUACGGCUAUACUUUCUACUGUAGACUCAGAGAAGAAAAGCAGGAAAAGCAACUCGUGUAGUAGUAGAAGGACUAAGAAAGCCAGAGAUAAGAAAGAAAGUAAAAAAUGUGAAAUCAGUACUUCUAACUCAGAAACAUUAAAACGAGAAAUUGACCGUCCAUUUCCUACUCCUGUUGUGAACAACCAGCACCCUGAACCACUAUCAGCUGCACCACCGGUAUCACAACAGGUGGGGUUGAAAGACUCUUUACAGGGUGGAAAUGAAAAAGACUUGAAUAGAGACAAUACAAAUGUUACUGGUGAUAGUACUUGUGUAGGCUGUCAUUCUAUAACAGCAACAACAUUGACAACGACAGCAGCAGUAGCAACAGCAAGCGUGACAACUGUCUCACCUAGUCAUUCUGUAUCGAAAAGUAGUGAAACCUUUCAGCGAAAACAAAAACAUAGUCAUUUGAAGGAAGAACUCAGUAGAACAGAGGAGUCAACAGCACUGCUGCUUCUACAACAGCAGCAUCUACUGCAACAAAAACAGCAGAUGCCGCAUCAUAAACAGUUCAUGCAACAACAACAGCAGCAGCAGCAACAACAACAACAGCAGCAACAGCAAGAAGAACAAGAAACACAGGAACAGCUAUGCCAAUCUCAACGUUAUGAACAAUUGCAUCAUGUGCAACAAGAACAAAUGCUGCUGCAGCAGCACCAAGAAGAAGAGCAGGCACAUUUACAACUGCCCCAUAGCCAGCCUCAGCUAAAUGAAAGAUCACCAUCAAGUGAAAGUUCAAAAUCAGAAAGCACCAAAUCUCAGAAUUCAUUAAUAGUGGAUACAACUGAACCUAUCACUGUGUAUAGGGACCCAAAUUUGUCUGAUAGUGAAGUCACCAAAGUAACAUCUGUGCAGCACCAGAAUGUUCAUGGUGCUGCUCAGCCCCAUCUUCAACAACAAGCACGAGCACAGGCUCGAGCACGAGCACGAGCACAGGCACAAGCAGAGGCACAAGCACAGGUACAGGUACAGGCACAGGCACAACAACAGGUACAACCUCAACCACAACCACCUAAGCCACAGCCACAGCAUACGCCAUCACCUACAAUUACACCAUCAACUGCACCACUUAGACCAACAUCUGCUUGUGGUUCUAUUGGAACAUCGUCCAGCAACAGUGCUUUUGGACCAUCCCCCAUCAGACCUUUAACUCCCCACCAAACUAUGUCUCAUCCUGCAGCUGCUGGCAAUGUAAUGCCACAACACUUAAUGUUUAAUUAUCACAGUGCUGGCUUAGGGCCUGCAUAUGCCCAACACCCACUCUCAAACGUUGAUCAUCAACAUGCUAUGAACAUGCGUGCCACGUUACACCAGGCGGAAUUAUUACACCAUCACCGAUACCAGUUACCUCACUCUAUGCUCAUUCAAGGAAUGUCAAUGGCCGAAAUACAGAUGCUCUGGAAAAGACAGUAUCCACAGCGACCGUUCCCGCCACAGUCAUUCAUUCCUCCUCCCCAAGAUGAACUUGAGCGUGAGAGACUGAGGCGUGAAGUUGGUCUGCAUCAUGGGCAUGAUGCCCAAGCGGCCGUGAGCAGACAUUUCCAGGAAUCCCUCAGGAAUUAUCCAAAUUCUAGCCUUGCUUUAGGUGGACUUGCACUUGCAGCAGGAGGUACAAUUACAAUGCCAGGAACAUCCAAAACAGAUUUACAGCAGAAAGAACUUGCCGACAAGGAGAAAGAGCAGAUGGAAAGGGAGCGCAGGGAAGCUGAGGAAAAGGCCCUGAGAGAGCGAGAAGAGAAAGAACGGGAGUGGCAAAGGAUACAAGAAGAGAAAAGGGAAAGAGAAAGAGAAUUCCUAAGACAAAACCAGCAUCCCAGAACCACAGCUCAGGAGACCACCGGUAUUCAUCCUUUAGAUGUCCUACAAGUCAGCCAUCAAGAACUCAUAUACAAGCAACAACUGGAACAACGUGAAUUGAAAAGGCAACAAGAAGAAAUACUGAGACAGAAAGAUCUGGAAGCUCAGGAGAGGAUACGCCGACUUGAACGUGAGAAGCUGAUUAUACAGGAACAGAAGAUGAGAGCAGAACACGCUGUGAUGAAUCCUGAGCAGGAACAAGUGGUGAGAAAACCUGAAGCGAGAUCAGCGUAUCCAGCACAUCAGCGAUCACCUGGACACUAUAGACCAGAACCCAUGACAAAAUAUGGUGGGAUACAGAUUAAGCAGGAACCAGGACAUGGAAUGACAAAUUGUGCUUCAAGGAAUAGCAGCCAUAGUCCGGGAGCUAGUGGUGGACGUGCGAUAAAAGCAGAACAUAUAUCAGGUUAUCAACCAUUUCGACACACGAUAGUGAGUCCCACUGAUAAAUCAGUUGGGAAAACACACACAGGGCUUGAGAGAAAGACAAAUGAUAGGUCUGAUACCUCCCUCUCACCUGGACAUUCCCCAAGAGGUCAUUCAACGACACCACCAGCUUUUGCCAAGCCGCCAAAGCGACAAGUCAUGUCCACGCCACCACCAUUAAUAAAACAUAGUGCGGGACAAGGUCAGGAAGGAUUUAUGGAAAAAGGUAAACCGCAGUCAAGUAUUAUGCAGACAAAGGAAAGGACUAUUGAACCUAAGUCCACUGAGCCAUUGCCCCAAGCAAUGGACUUAUCACCACAACAUUCGGCAGCAGCAACUACAACGGGGUAUUAUUCAGUGUCACCUCGUCAACAGAAAUACUACAGUCCCCCUGAGAAAACAAAUGAUCAUCAACAACCGAAACCGUUGAUUGAUAGUAAGCAGGGAGUACCAGUUAUUGUGCACACAUCGAUUGGGCAACCUCCACCGUUACAAAGUAAUGCUGUAUCACCAACUGCUUUCAAACCUAUCGAACAGUCUGGUAAAACUGCCAGAAGGACUCAGUCACCUCUCCAUGUUGCUUCACCACAUCAAUUAUCACAGGCUAUACUACAGCCUCUGGAGCUGCGAAAGAGUGCAGAGAAGAACGAGGAAGGAGGGAAGAAAGGUCGGAGCACGCCUGGAUCAGCCGGGAUAAACUCAAGCCACAUUUUAACUGUGUCUACAUCAAGUAGUGCACUAGGAUACACUACUCACCCAGUGACUGCUAUACAGAGUAUGGUGUACAAAACAACUCAACAAGGACAUACACAGACGGCAUCAUCAGCACCACAUAGUUUGUUAAUGUCUGCUCUCAGAUCUCCAACUCAUAGUGAGCCACUAACUGUUGAUACCUGUCACAAUAAUGUCUCAACUUCUUUGAAAAGAAAAUCUGGAGAAGGUGCACAUGGAAAUAAGAAGUUGAGGAUGCCUGAUAGUCGGACAUCACCAGCUUUAUCUGAUAAAUCACCAAGUGAGAAGAAAAGUCCAGGUUCAGGUUCUAGUUAUAUUGAGAGUUUUCGUGCGUUUGUAUCUGACCACAGGAACAGUCAAAUCACAGGGGGACCAAGAGGUGAAUUUCUCGCCACAGAUCUCAGUAAGUCUGGAACUAGUCCUGGUUCAAGUAAGAAGUCUAAGCUUCAUGUCAGGGACCAAAAACCUUUAAACUUGCAUCAUUCGGCCCCAGCAUCUGUUCUGGGGCAUCCUUUGAAAGCUGAGCCGAUUCAGCAUAAAAUUGCCAAUGGCUCGCUUUCGGAUAGCAGUGACUGUAGUAUUAGAUCUGGGUCUAGUGACAGUCGGCCAGCUGCUGCUAAGUUCCGUGAUACCUCCAUAUCUCCAAGUAAACCAGCACCUCAUGUUAAUCUUAAAAAGGCGUGGUUACAGCGACAUGCCGAAAAUGAUUCCAAAGUAUGCAGUUCACCAUCAAACAAUAACUUUACCUCAGAUAGCAAAUAUUGCAUGGAUGGCAGUACUAGUCCUGGAAGAUCAAAUGGUGAAAGGAAUGCUAAGAGUCCAGGUAAAUUAAAAAGGUGUUAUGUUGAUUGCUCCAAAGACUCUAGAAUCGCCACACCGACAAAGCCAGGAAAGCACAAAACAACACUGCCAAAUGGCGACUUGGCCAAGUCUGAGAAUAUAAACAAUGCAAACAUUGCCAGCGAAAUUGAAGCUGGAAAAAACAUUUCUAACGUUUCAAAUGCAGAGUUGCCUUCCGCAUGCUCUGACAUGUCGAUUCCCAGCUUUACAGAAAAACAUCGGAAAUUGAAAGACAAACUGAACCAUGUGGAUGACACUUGUGAGGACAAGUCUUUGAAAACUAACCGUGGACUUUCAAAAAAGUUGAAAAAAUUUGAGGAAAUGAGGGAGAGUUUCCCUGAAGGCACAGCAUUAAAUGCAGAUGAGAGUCCGCAGACUCUAACAGUUCCAAAGAAGAGAGUACAGAACAAAAUAAAAUUAGAGAAUAAAGGACUGAAUACAACAAAAGCGUUUUCCAAACCAUCUGUUGCCAAAUUAAAGAGGUCCGGAGAAUCUUUUUUACAGAAUGGUCCAUGUGUAGAAGUGUCACCUAAUCUUGUUAAGUGUAGAGAGUGUCGUAUUCGACCCACUGCCAGGACGGCCAGACUCAAUAUUUUCUGCAGGUUCUAUGCAUUCAGAAGACUGAAGUACAGCAAGAAUGGUAUAUUGAUGGUUGCUGGGUUUUCUCAUCCCGAAGACUGUGAUCGUGAAGAUCUUAAACCGUGGCUGCCACAGAAAAACAAUGAUAAUCCACUCAACUUUGAAAUCUCCAAGUACAUUCUGUCCAAAGUCGGUGACGAGUUCUGUGAACUGGUUCAACAAGAAAAGGAAGCACGUUCCUGGGCGACCGACCCGUCUAAAAUUGCGUGGAAACGAGCAGUAGCCGGUGUUCGGGAGAUGUGUGAUGCGUGUGAUACAACCUUGUUUAAUAUCCAUUGGGUGUGUGAGAAGUGUGGUUUUGUGGUUUGCCUCGAUUGUUAUAAAUGGAAAAAGAAUGAACCCAAGAUAGAGCUGAUCACAGAAGAGGAGACACAGGAACCAUCCUCCUUAACGUGUAGACGACGCAAUAAAUCACAAUGGGUUAUGUGUAAUAGUAAAAAUCCUCAUUUACCAGAAAAUUUGAUGUUAACGCAGAUUAUACCUGGCUCCGCACUGUGGGAGGUCGGUAACAUGGUACAUAAAGUACGUGGUAGAUGGGGUAUUCCAGCAGGAUGUCCAUGUGCUUUCAGUGAUACCAACAACACAGUGACCAAGAACGAAACAAAUAACCCUGCCAAUGGUACCAAGCCAACAGUUACUGCACUUAAUGGUAUAUCACAGAUCAUUCUUACUGCAGGUAUGAAUGGACCAUCCCAGAGUUCUAGUGUUCCAAUUACUGCCAGACCACCUAUGGAAAAUUUUAUAACAUCCAAUUAUCAAGCCAUGUCUCCAUCGCCACUUGACUUUCUAGCAGAUAUUGCUACUUCCACCACUGCCCAAACAGAUAAACACAGACUGACCAAAUUUGAAAAGAAAUUGGAUGGUGGUAGCACUGAUGAAAAGAAGAACAAAAUGGGAUUGUCUGAACUGUUUCAAUACUCCUGCCAGGAUGCUAAAACAAUUGCAAGAGCAACUGGUAAGGUUGCUACCAUAGAAACCAAUGAUGGAGACAAACAUGAAUGUGUGACUUUGAGAGAACUGUUGACUAAGACUGCAGGGCGUCUUGGUAAACCAACACUUGCAGGUGUAGGUGAAAAUGCAAUUGCACCUGUGUCGUCAGUCAUUGGACAAAAGCAUGGUGCCUGUCGAACUGUGACUGGUACAUUUGAGGACAUCAUCGCCACUGUGGUGGAACAGAACAUAGCUCUGCCGAGGCAGCACCCUGCAAAGGAAAAACACCGUGAAAAACUUAAACAUAAACUACCAUUAUUGAUAGACUGUGAUGAUCCGUCCAAAUCACCGAUUAGGCAUACAUUGACUGAUUCAAGCGUGAUGUACCCUGGUGUUCCACAUUCGUGGCUGUGUGAAGGCAGGCUUCUAAGACUACACGACCAUACAUACCCUGGAAACUUAAAAAUCUUCCAAGAGGAAUGGAGAAGGGGAGUGCCUGUUCUGGUGAGUAAUGUACACAAAAACCUUGACUCAUCACUCUGGACACCCGAGUCUUUCACAAAGCAGUUUGGACAUCUAGAAAACGAUCUUGUCAACUGUAGGAAUGACGUAGUCAUCCAAGGUGCUCCAAUGAGGGACUUCUGGGAGGGUUUUGAAGACAUGGACAAACGUCUUGUGACAAAGCUCGGUGAUGACAUUGUACUCAAGUUGAAAGACUGGCCGCCAGCAGAAGACUUCAGUGAAUUGAUACCUGAUAGAUACGAGAACCUUAUGAAAUGUCUACCAUUACCGAGUUACACUCUACGAGAUGGUAAACUGAAUCUGGCGUCUCGGUUACCAGACUUUUUUGUCAGACCUGAUUUAGGACCGAAGAUGUACAAUGCAUAUGGGUCACCUCAAUAUCCCAAGAAUGGUACAACUAAUUUACAUCUUGAUGUAUCAGAUGCAGUCAAUGUUAUGGUUUACGUGGGUGUGGCCUUUGGAAGUGCCCUCUCAAAAUCAGAAUCAGAAAUUGCUGUAUUCCGAGCCAUAGAAGAGUCAGACUGUGAUGACUUACAGAAACGGCGAGCUAGAGAGGAAAAACCUGGAGCACUGUGGCAUAUCUUUGCUUCCAAAGACACAGACAAAAUUCGUCAGUUUUUCAAGAAAAUUGCCAAAGAGAGAAAUGAAGAAUAUCCAGAUGACCAUGACCCAAUUCAUGAUCAGAGUAUAUAUCUUGAUAAAGAACUGAGAGAAAGGUUGCACAAGGAGUAUGGCGUGAGGGGAUGGGCAAUUACACAAUUUAUGGGUGAUGCUGUAUUCAUACCAGCUGGAGCUCCACAUCAGGUUCGUAAUCUAAACUCGUGUGUGAAAGUUGCUGAGGACUUUGUAUCACCUGAACACAUAGAACAGUGUUUCACAUUGACACAUGAAUUCCGGCGUCUCAGCGUCACCCAUUGCAAUCAUGAAGACAAGUUACAAGUAAAGAAUAUCAUAUUCCAUGCAGUGAAGGACUCUGUGGGGGUUCUACUUGAUGAAACUGAGAGGAGUUAGAGUAACAGAAUCAACAUCAACAAACUUGCUGUUGUAAUGUAAUGAACAACUACAAGUAAUAUAUUUUAGUAGCAUCGAUGAGUACAAUCUGAUUUCAUGCGAUAUACCAAGAGUAAUCAGGAAGUUGAAUGGACAAGACUUACUGUUACAGUUUCUCACUGACUAGAAAUGCUGAAGUUAUUGUUGUACAUUUGUUGCUGCCACACAUUCUACACCAUGCUUGGACUUAAUGUGUUAAUAAUAACUGUUAACUUCAGCUGAUCAAUAAUAUCACACAGACUAUUUGAGAAAUGAACAAAUGUUGUGGGUGUUUUUGUUUUGUUUUUGGUUUAUUUUUUUUUUUUAGUUUUUGAAAAGUUAGAGUAUUCCUUCCGCUAAGCUAACUCGUUUAGAGAAAACUUAUUUGAAGAGAUUGUUUAUGAAACUGACCACCAAAUUUUAUUAUUAUUAGUUUUUUCAUUGGUCAAUACUGCAGUGAACAUUCCAAUGAUUUCUUUAUUAAAAGAUGAAACAAAAAAGAACAUAGUGUAAAUAAGAUUUUUUUUAACUAUCAUCAGUUGAGUACUUUUGUUGACAACUGUGGUUUGAUAAUUGUUAUCUCUGUGUACAUAAGUUUUUGGAUGAUUAAUAAUUGUGAAUACCAUGCACAUUGUAUUUGUAUAUGUUCCUUUAUUUUUUUCCCACUCUCCCCUUCUCUUCCCCUUUGUUAAGUUUGCUAGGUGCUAUCGUGGAGUAACUCAGUACCGUUUGUUAAUUGCGGGUUUUCUUGACAAAUAAAAGCAGGUGUGUUAUCAUUUCAAAGAUAUCUAUCUAUUAACCUCUUGCUGUUAUUUAAACAAAAUUUUCUGUAAUUUAAGGCAUUGUUUGCCAAGUUUUAAAAUCCUUGUAAAUAAUACCCACCCAAUAAUGGACUCUUUUAAAAAACACUCUGUCUGCCUCAUUUGCUCUGAACAUUUCCAAAUCUUUAAUUUCUUCAGGAUUUGGCGUUUUCAUCAGUAGCGUGAAGACGCAUUUAAUGGGAAAUGCAGUUACCAUCAUUACUACAGAUACAUUGGUAAUGCUUUGGUGGUGUUAUGUGUCCAAAAAAUGAAGUUAGUUUGUAUUCUUGAAAUUACGUGAAUUAAUUAUUCGUGAAUCAAAAGUUUUAAACUUUUUAUGUGUGGUGUUUCAAUACAAAAUCAUCUGUUUUACCUAUUAACCUCUUCCCCAAAUUCAAGGUGAACAAAAUAAUCUUUGACUGCCAACGUGAAGUCUAGGCAUAGAUUUAUGUAAUUGAUUAAAUCAAUCAAAAUAUCACAAUGCACUAAACUUGUGCAACUAACGGACACUUUUAUUUUUGUAUUUAAAAAAAUAUAUUUAGGUUUUUGAUGAGUAUGUGUGCCGUAGUAUGGUGUUCAUACUUGCCAUACCCAUGUUUGUCUUCACUCGUCAUAACAAAUGGCAGUAGACACACUAACAAUUGCAGUUUUCUUUCAACUGGACAUUUGUGUCAAUUACAAAGACACAAGAAAACUUUAUAUUAGUCAUGUGACUAUCUUAUCUCUAAUUGUGACCGUUCGUAUUACUGUUGCGUGCUUUGCUCCGACAGCACCCAAUUGGUGUAACAUAUCACAGAAUAAGCUUAAUAAUAAAUUGUAUGGUUAUGUUUUCCCUUGUAAUUUAAAGUGAAAUUUGAUACUAUUGUUCGUUUUCCAAUAAUCCAGAUUGUAAGUUUAUUUGUCCCCCUUGCCCCCACAUAACUUUUAUGUAUAUACAUAUACAGAUAAAAGCCAUAGGACUAUUUUUAUAUGGAUGCUUAUUACACCGUGUAUUGUCGGAAGAAAAGUUCUAUAUAGCAUACAUUUUAUUGAAGAAGUCUAUACUUGUGGCUUGGUUAGCUUCUAUAGAAUCCAACCAUUCUUAUUAAAAACAUGUUGAGUAUUUAUUUA